GGUCCAAGGUCCCUGGGCACCGGUGGACACGCAUGGCAUGCCGCCUAGGCCCAGGGAGCAGCCCUAAGGGCGCGUCAGCCCUCUGGGCCCUGGCAGUAUGGGAUCCUGUCCACCCAUUCGUGGGACAGGCUGCAGGCACCGGCCUGACCCAGCCUCUGACUCACCGGCCUGGUGACCAGAUAGCUGGAAUCCUACACCACCACAACCCAGCUUUCCCCGCCUCUGGCGAUGGUCAGGAAGUCCCUCCCUACGUCACACUUCAGGCUGACAGAGGGUUGCUAGCGGGGCCCCUAGAACUGGGACUGCCCUGGCAGGUCCUGAUACUGGGCCCGGAGGCCGCCAUCUCUCCCAGGUCCCUGCUUCUCUUAGGUGACCAGAGAGGGGAGGGAGCCACUCUUCCUUGGCCAAAGUGGGCACACUGGACAGGGCCCUGGCCUGACUCCGGGACCAGGGACAAGGCAUCCAUGGCUCCCAAGCGCAAGCCCCCUGCGCAGUGUGAGCGCCCUGACGCGAAGAAGGGCCGGCAGGGGACAGAGGAGGACAACUUCCGCUCCACUGCGGAGGCCCUCAAGGCCGCGCCCACAGAGAAGCGCACUGUCCGGGUGGACGCCUCCUGUCCUCUCAGCCACAAGCCUGGGGCCCAGGUGCACGGGGAAUACGACUGCACCCUGAACCAGACCAACAUCGGGAACAACAACAACAAGUUCUACAUCAUCCAGCUCCUGGAGGACGGCGGGCGCUUCGCCUGCUGGAACCGCUGGGGCCGCGUGGGAGAGGUGGGCCAGUCCAAGCUCAGCUACUUCCCGUCCCUGGAGGAUGCAAAGAAGGACUUCGAGAAGAAAUUUAAGGACAAAACCAAGAACAGCUGGGCAGAGCGGGAGCACUUCGUGGCCCAGCCCGGCAAGUACACGCUCAUCGAAGUGCAAGGCGAGGAGGAGGCCCAGGAGUCCGUGGUGAAGGUGCAGUCCCUCUGCGCCCAGGUGGACGGAGGCCCCGUGAGGACCGGGUUUCAGCGCGUGCGGCCCUGCUCUCUGGACGCACCUACACAGAGGCUCAUCACCAACAUCUUCAGCAAAGACAUGUUCAGUGACGCCAUGGCCCUCAUGAACCUGGAUGUGAAGAAGAUGCCCCUGGGGAAGUUGAGCAAGCAGCAGAUCGCUCGGGGCUUCGAGGCCCUGGAGGCCCUGGAGGCGGCCCUGAAAGGCCAGGAGGACAGGGCCGGUGGCCGCAGCCUGGAGGACCUGUCCUCCCACUUCUACACCCUCAUUCCCCACAACUUCGGCCGCAGCCGGCCCCCGCCCAUCAACUCCCUGGAGCUCCUGCGGGCCAAGAAGGACAUGCUGCUGGUGCUGGCGGACAUCGAGCUGGCCCAGACCCUGCAGGCAGCUCCUGAGGAGGGGAAGGAGGUGGAGGAGGUGACGCACCCCCUGGACCGAGACUACCAGCUGCUCAGGUGCCAGCUCCAGCUGCUGGACACAGAGGCGCCUGAAUACAAGGUGAUCCACACCUACAUGAAGCAGACGGGCGGCAGCGCCAGGGGUCUGGUGCUACGGCACGCUUGGAAAGUGAACCGAGACGGGGAGGGAGACAGGUUCCAGACCCACUCCACGCUGGGCAACCGCAAGCUGCUGUGGCACGGCACCAACGUGGCCGUGGUGGCCGCCAUCCUCACCAGCGGGCUGCGCAUCAUGCCGCACUCCGGCGGCCGCGUGGGCAAGGGCAUCUACUUCGCCUCGGAGAACAGCAAGUCGGCCGGCUACGUUACCACCAUGUCAUGUGGGGCCCACCGCAUCGCCUACAUGUUCCUGGCGGAGGUGGCCUUGGGCAGAGAGAACCACAUCACAGCUGACGACCACAGCUUGAAGCAGGCACCCCCUGGCUUCGACAGCGUCGUCGCCCGAGGCCGCACGGAGCCUGAUCCCACCCAGGACACGGAGCUGGAGCUGGACGGCCGGCGAGUGGCAGUGCCCCAGGGCCGGCCCACGCCCUGCCCCGAGUUCAGCAAUUCCUCCUUCUCCCAGAGCGAGUACCUCAUCUACCAGGAGAGCCAGUGCCGCCUGCGGUACCUGCUGGAGGUGGGCUUCUGAGAGCCGCCCUCAGCCCGGCUCUCCGAUAGACUGCCGUCUCAGUCUUCACCCAGACCCGGUGCCCAUGUCACCGCUUCUCGCUCCCAAAUCUCCCUUCUGUGUCCCAGGCAGUGGUCCCGCCCCCAGGCCCCGACUGUCUGUGCUGCAGCCGCACAACCCUAAGCCCCCUUCCUCUCCACAGUGACCCCCCCUCAACAGCCCACGGCAGCUUGGGCCCCACCCACCCUGGCCCAUCUGUGUCCGUCACUGCAACCACCUGCCACCCCGGAUCACUGAGCUUUCAAAGGCGACCCACGCCAUCCACUCAGACCUGGUGGCCAUCUGGGGACCCACCUGGGGGGUCUGCCCGCUGGCCCGCACGUGGCCAAGCAAACCGAGCAUCGCUCCUGGCUCGGCAUCAACGUGUCUCAGAUCUGCACGGUCUAAACCAGCUGAGCACACACCGAGCGCCCAGCUCUGCCACCGUGAACGAUGCCCGUUAGCACCAGGGGGUCACCCUACCCAGACCCGAGGGCGCGGGUGCUGUGUCUGCUUCUCCCGCUCCAAUCCAACACCACAGGGUCCUUUCCUCUCCCCAGUCCCACACUCACACCUGCUUCUCUAACAGUACGCACCUCCGUUUCCGUCACCAUCAGUCCAUUUACUUGUUGGCUCCACCCCACCCGAAAAGGAGAUGCAGAACCGCCUGCCCAUGUCACCCUGAGCACACGCUUUCUGAGCGGGGCUCACGUUUCACGGUUAUCCUUUUGAGUUUAGAUGAGCAGGGAGUUUGAAACAGGUGAAAUAUUGCUUGGAUCCGUUACUUAGUGUAUCCUUUCGGUGUAGUGAUGCCAUUCAUUUGAAAUACAGGUAGGUUCCUUUGUUCUGCAUCUAUUCACCUUUAGGCGGGCUUUUCCUCAUUUCCACUGACUUAUUUUUUCCAGCACACAGAACAUUAACAUAGUCCCAACUCCAUCGUCCCCAGAGUCUAAUCUAAUCAAAAACAGGAGCUCAGAAGAGACCCCCCUGGCCCUGCACGCCGCCCACCGGCUGCGGGAAGCCAGUUUCUGCCUUAGCCUUCAUGUACUCCUUUUGGCAAAUUAAAAAGCAGCAGUUACA